GAGCCUUUAUUCAACCUUUAUUUAUGUAAAUGAACACAAGAAAGGAAGAAAGCCUCCAUUAUAAAAAGAAGGUACGUAUCAUUCAGUUAGUCUCUUCAGGCUCAGAUUUUGAAAAUGAAGGCCCUUUUUCUACUGACCUUUCUGGUUUUUAUUAGUUCUCCAGGUUGGGCAAAACAUAGGCACUACUACAUAGGCAUUAAUGAAACCACUUGGAACUAUGCUCCUACUGGUAAAAAUAUGCUCAACGGGAAGCCCAUUUCUGAAGAUCAAGAGUUUCAGUCCCAAGUGUAUCUGAAACACAACCAAGAUAGGAUAGGACCUGUUUAUAAGAAGGCUUUGUAUUUUCAAUAUACUGAUGAUACAUUUCAAAAAAUAAUUGAAAAACCACCCUGGUUGGGACUUUUAGGUCCGAUAAUUAAAGCAGAGACUGGAGACUUGGUGUUUAUACAUGUAAGAAAUUUUGCUUCAAGAAAGUAUAGUUUCCAUCCUCACGGAAUGACCUACACUAAAGAAAAUGAAGGCGCUCUCUAUCCUGAUAAUACUACGGGCCUGGAAAAGGAAGAUGACCAUCUGAAACCAGGGGCGAAUUACACUUACAAGUGGUUUGUGGACGAAAAGCAGGGGCCUGCCGCCAAUGACAGUAACUGCGUGACAAGGAUUUACCACUCCCAUGUGAACUCGCCCAAAGAUGUGGCUUCAGGACUCAUUGGACCAAUGAUGACUUGUAAAAGAGGCACACUGGAUGGAAACACUGAAAAAAAUAUUGACAAGUUGUAUGUUCUGUUGUUUGCUGCAAUUGAUGAAAACAAGAGCUGGUAUCUCGAGGACAAUAUUAAAAUGUAUACUGAACCCAGCCAAGUUAAUCCUAGGGAUCCUGACUUCAUGGCGAGCAAUACUAUGUACUCAAUUAAUGGAUACAUGUAUGGAAAUCUACCCACUCUCACCAUGUGUGCUGAGGACAGGGUCAGGUGGCAUUUUAUUGGCAUGGGUGAUUAUUUCGAUGUACACCCCAUCUAUAUCCAAGGACAAACUCUGAUCUCUCGGAAUCACAGAAAGGCCACCAUCACCGUCUUCCCUGCCUCAAUGGAGGAUGCCCUCAUGGUGGCCAAGGGCACUGGAGAGUGGAUGCUGGGCUGUCCGAUCUUUGAGGGUAUGAAGGCCUUUUUCAAUGUAAGGAGUUGCCAAAAUUCAUCAGCAGAUGUUACUGGGACGGAUGUUAUACAUUACUAUAUUGCUGCUGAAAAAAUAUUUUGGAACUAUGCUCCAACUGGUAUAGAUUUCUACACUGAAAAAACUUUAACAGCAGAGGGGAGUGAAUCCCAGAUAUAUUUUGAACAAGGCCCAACCAGAAUUGGAGGAACUUACCAAAAACUAGUUUACCGUGAAUACACAGAUGCUUCCUUCCAAACACAGAAGGCAAGAGAAGAGCACCUUGGAAUCCUUGGCCCCGUCAUCAAGGCAGAGGUGGGACAGAUCAUCAAGGUCACUUUCUAUAACAAUGGUCCUCUGCCGCUCAGCAUUCAGCCUCAGGGACUGCGUUACAGCAAAGACAAUGAGGGCUCAUUCUACAAAACACCUGGAGGAAGCACCCCUCCAGCCUCCUCACAUGUAGAUCCUGGCACAACAUUUGUCUAUACGUGGCAAGUUUCUCCAGAUGUGGGUCCUACCUCCACGGACCCCGACUGCCUGACCCAUUUAUACUAUUCCUCAGUCAAUGGGACAAAAGACACGAACACUGGCCUUGUAGGGCCUCUCCUCGUGUGCAGAAAGGGGAGUCUUGGAGAGGAUGGCAAACAGAAGGGAAUAGACAGAGAGUUUUACCUACUUGCUGCAAAAUUUGAUGAAAAUGAUAGUUAUCUCCUGGAUGAAAAUAUUAGAAAAUUUACCACAGAGCCUGAAAAUGUGACUAAAAAGGACCCAGGCUUCCAAAACUCUAAUGUCAUGAACUCCAUGAAUGGAUACAUGUAUGGAAAUCUGCCAGGACUGGAUAUGUGCUUAGGAGACAAUGUUUCAUGGCACCUUCUUAGUGUGGGAUCAGGGCCAGACUUAUAUGGAAUAUAUUUUUCAGGAAAUACCUUCAUUAUCCAAGGACAAAGGGGCGACACUGUUCCUCUGUUUCCCCAUACUUCUGAGACAGUUUUCAUGACACCUGAUUCCAUAGGAAAUUUUGAUGUGGUUUGUCUGACUUCAGUGUUCUAUCAAGGAGGCAUGAAAAAUAAAUACGAAGUGAAGCAGUGUUCAGAGCCGCACCCUGAUCAAACACAGUACCAAGAGAAAAUUAUUUAUAUCGCAGCUGAGGAAAUUGUGUGGGAUUAUUCUCCUAGCAGGGAGUGGGAGAAAGAACUGAAACGUUCACAAGGAGCAGGGAAUACUACAGACAUAUUUUUGGAUAGGACUGGGAAGUUUCUUGGGUCCAAAUACAAGAAAGUUGUAUAUCGUCAAUAUGAUGAUAUCACAUUCACAAACAAAACAAAGAGAAAUGAAGAUGAAAUACAUCUGGAUAUUCUAGGUCCUUUAAUAUUUGCCACCCCUGGUGAGAAACUCCGAAUUAUCUUUAAAAAUAAAGCCUCAAAUCCAUAUUCUAUUUAUGCUCAUGGAGUGAAAACACACAAUUCCACCAUUGUUCCAACACAGCCAGGAGAGACCCAAACAUACCUUUGGGAGAUCCCUGAAAGAAGUGGUCCUACCUCACAUGACUUUGAAUGCAUAACUUUCUUUUAUGCUUCCAGUGUGAACCAAGUUAAGGAUCUUAACAGCGGACUGGUAGGUCCUUUGAUAAUAUGUCGCAACGGAACCAAAGCUAGCAUCGUUCACCGUGUGCUGUACUUCAUGAUUUUUGAUGAGAAUGAAUCCUGGUACUAUGAAGAAAAUAUCAACACCUAUUCUCUAAAUCCGAACCAAGUAGACAGAAAUGAUUUUGAGUUUCAGAUCAGCAACUUUAUGCACGCAAUUAACGGAAGAAUGUUUGGAAAUAACCAAGGUCUGACGUUUCACGUUGGGGAUGAAGUGAAUUUCUAUCUGAUUGGCUUGGGAGGUAUAUAUGACCUGCACACAGUUCAUUUUCACGGCCACAGCUUUGAAUUCAAGGAUUCUGGGCUGUUUCGCUCUGAUGUUUAUGACCUUCCUCCUGGAGUCUAUCGAACUGUAAAAAUGUUUCCAAAAGAUGUUGGAACCUGGUUAUUUCAUUGCCAUGUUAGCAGUCACAUUACCGAUGGAAUGGAAAGCACUUACACUGUAAUCGAAAAGCGUAAAUACCUCCCUGAGGGCCAGCUGAGUGGCUCAAUGCUCUAA